AUGUCUGGCAACCAAGGCAUCAAUGACAAGUUCAGCCUUGAGAAUCUCUACUCGGUCAAAGGCCGCGUCGCGCUCAUCACCGGCGGCGGCUCAGGCAUCGUCUACAUCACCGGUCGCACCAGCGAAAAGCUUGACAAAGUUGCUGAGUUGUAUGGCAAAGGCAUCGCUGGCGAGAUCAUCCCCAUCCAAGCCGACAUCACCAAAAAGGACUCUAUCCGCUCACUCGUCAAGGAGAUCUCCUCGAAGGAGAAGUGCCUCUGCAUUCUCAUCAACAACGCCGGCAUCGAGCUCAACACCCAACAGACUGAGGCUGAGCACAGCAAGGAGAUGGCCGAGAAUCUGUUCGAGGACGAGAAUGAGACAUUCGACUUGUGGAAGGAUACCUUCGGCACCAAUGUAGCACAACUCUUCUUCAUGACCACCGCCUUCCUUCCCCUCCUGCAGAAAGCAAGCGACAUCCACCACGGCUAUUCCGGCACGGUCAUCAAUAUCACAUCCAUCUCCGGCGUCGUCAAGACCAGCCAGCACCACUUUGCCUACAACGCCUCAAAAGCGGCGGCCAUUCAUGUUAACACCAUGCUCAGCAACGAGGUUGCAGCAAAUGGUUUGAAAGUCCGCAUCAACGGUAUCGCGCCCGGUGUGUUCCCAAGUGAGAUGACUGCGGGCGAGAGCGGCGAGGACCAGAAAAGUCACAUUCCGAAGGAGAAGUACGAGGAUAAGACGGCGGCGAGGAGACCUGGAAAGGAGGAAGAUAUGGCGAAUGCGAUCCUGUUUGCCGCGACGAACCAGUAUCUGAAUGGUCAGAAUGUUAUUGUUGAUGGAGGGUACGUGAUCACGGCUGGCGCUGGACCGUGA